AUCCGGAGAAUGGUGACGUAGGCGCGUUCCCAUACAGACCGACUUAGACAGUGUUUUUUGUCUGACUUCUAAAACUCCUUUAUUUCCAAGUGCUGCUAUUUUUUUUUUUUUUGCACAAAACUGCUUCCAAUCAGCGUGGUUUCAGGCUCUGAGGGGAACAGAGGAGUUUGGAAUGCUCAGAAAAUGGACAUAAACACAGAUUUAUCGAAGUUAACAGUGAGCAGUCUGAAUGAUCGUGCGUGGUCAGGGUGCGUUGUGCUGUUUUUGCGCUGCUGCAGUCCAGAACUUGAUCUACUGUCCUGCUACAAAGACCAGCAAGAGAAAUUCAGCAUUUUCAAGGCCAUUAAACUCACUCUAACAGAUGUUGCCGGUGGACUUGAUGGUUAUGAAAUCCUUAAGCUUCAUGACGCUGAUCCAUUUCUUGGAGUGGAGUUGAAGUUUACGGAAAUCGUUCCCUGUAGGCGUUUCCUGGACAGCUACGUGUCCGGGUCACUGCUUCAGUUCUUCUCCCAGCAUGUAUCGCGCUUGCUCUCACUUCCUGACGGAUUAGGCAUGAAUGCCACACUCAAGGCUGGAACACAUACUCUGGACCACAGCAUUCAAGAUCCAGAACUCUGUCUACAGCACAUAUAUCAGUCUCAGCCCAUGCGUUUGCGGGACGACGAAGUCACGCAACUCGAGCAGCAGCUACAGAACAGCUAUAUUCCACCCAUCCAGACACGGAAGGAAGUGCCCAAGAACUGCUUCCUUUUCCAGAAACGUUUGUUCGACGACAGGCCUCUGACAGCCGGGGAUCAGCAGCGCUUCGCUUCUCACGUGGGCCGUGAUUGGAAGCGAGUGGGUCGAGCAUUACAGAAGAACUGCCGGGCACUGAAGGGGACAGCCAUUGACAAUCUUGCCUAUGAGUAUGAGAGGGAGGGGCUUUAUGAACAGGCCUAUCAGCUCCUGGGACGCUUCAUCCAAUCAGAGGGACGGAACGCCAAGCUGGGGCGUCUCAUCAGUGCCCUGGAGGAAGCCAAGCUGAUCAGCAUGGCUGAGAUCAUGCUGGACAUUCAGCCUCGCGAGUGAGGGACUCAAAGUGUGCGUGUGUGUGUGUGCGUGUGUGCGCAUGUGCAUGUGUGUGUCUAACUGGGUCUGGUACCUAAAGGUGACUUUUUUUCCAGUUUAUAAUUUCUUACAUAAAAUAAAAAUGCAGCAUUGUCUAUAUGAAUAUUAUAGGUAAACAUAUGUCGGUUCUGAAUCCUAGCAAAAUUGAUUGUUAGCUGUUUGUUUUUGUCGGUUUUGCUUGACCAUAUAAAUCAUGAAACCUACCAAAAAGGAAAAGAACCAAAAAUUAUGUUAGAGGUAUGUGUCUGAAAAACUCAAAACUUAAAAUACGUCAAAAUAGGUCAAAACUCAUUUUUACCCAUGAGGGAUUCAGGACGUGUCCAAAUGACCAAAUUCACCAGCGCACAGAGUCCGUGCUGAAUAAAUGAUUGGAUAAUUAUAAAAAAUACCUUUAAAUGA